AUGCUUCGCUUCAUCAGCCUUCACUUGUUAUUCUUCAUAGAAUCUUUGCAACUACUCCAGCUCCACAUUGAUCACGGCCAAUUUCACGCACAGCCCGCGUCCAUGCUCCAGAUGAUCAUCGAUGAGUGCUAUUCCCAAAUGAUCUUGCUUGACGAUCUGGUAACAAAGGUGACCCCAGUGGAGGGUGACUCAAAGAUGGUCAGGAGUUGCAAAGCGCUCGAAAGCCUAAAACAUGAAAAGGCCAUGGAGAAGAUCGUCACUAGAGUCUCGAACUACAUUGAGAAGUUGCCGCUGUUUCAAAGUGCCGUCACUGCAGGUGGCGUGAUGGCAAAUGCGAGAUUGGCGCGAAAACAAUUGGAAUACUCCGCUCACAUGAAGGCUGUCGGAAAUGCUGUUCCUUCUGGUAGUGGAAUUGCGAUACUUGCUGAAAACACUCCUUCGCGCAUUUCAAGGAAUCUCGCAUAUCACAAGCAAUACAGGAAACGCCAGUUUUCCUACUUCAUGGGGCUCUCGCGCUUUGGCUUGUUCUGGGCUUUUCAAGUGGCUCUGGACAUUUCUUGGGGAAAUUAUGGCUUUUCGAUCUCUCCUAGCCUUCGUUUUCAACAGCUGGUUAAAAACACAUCACCUGGAUUCCAAAAUUUCUACAAAUGCCGCAUGCAUCAAUCUGAUAUCCAAUCAUCGUGUGACAAGCUGCUGCAACUGUUCUGUUCUGGGAAGGCCUCUCUGUGGGAUACCUUCCCAGAUGGAACAACUUGGAUAGAGGUAUGUUAA